AUGUCGUCGAAUCACAGCAACACCGCCUCGGCGGCAGCGAUGUCGCCAAUAGCGUCACCAUCCGCACCUGCUGCGGAAGGCUCGGACACUGCCGUCACCAGCAAUCUCAUCUCGGAAGCUCUGUCGUCAGCACAUUCAGCGGCGUCACUACCCCCGCCGUCUUCGCACCCUCCUCCGCCGCCAGCAUUCACCCCUUCGCCAUCCCCACCGCCACAGUCUGCAUCCACCAUCGCGACCAGCAACAAUGACUCUGCAUCGCACCAACACACAGGCGCCGCCGAAGCUUCCAAGGCUGAUCGCUCGCCACCUGAUAUGAACCGAUCCAACUCUUCUUCGUCAGGAACGCCAUCAGCAGUCGACGACGAGAGCGCACUCGGCUACGACGAAGGCAGCUCUUCUGUUUUUGCGCCCAAACGCAAACCCAAAGCAAAGCCCCAACCUCAAUUGAUAGACCAUCUCCCGCUUGCAUAUGACGCAGCCAUGGCUACGUUCCAGGAGAUCACAUUCAACGACUACCACGACAAGAAGCUUGGCAGGCCACCGGGCAAGUUUGACGACUACAUGAUCUGCGAUUGCAACUCCACCUCCGGCAACGAGGACAUGGCCUGCACCGACUAUUCGGGCUGCAUCAACCGCAUGACCCAGAUCGAAUGCUCGUCCUCCAAGUGCCGAUGGGGCAAGCAGUGUCACAAUCAGCGGUUCCAUCGAAGACAGUACGUCAACGUCGACAUCGUACAAACCGAAAAGAAGGGUUUCGGUCUUCGUGCGGGUCAGGAUAUCCAAAAGGAGGCCUUCGUCUACGAGUACGUUGGCGAGGUCAUGAAUCAGCCCACCUUCCUCGAUCGCAUGCAGCAGUACCGCGUUGAGGGGAUCCGCCAUUUCUACUUUAUGAUGUUGCAACCCAACGAGUAUCUCGAUGCAACCAAAAAAGGCGGAAAGGGCCGUUUCAUCAACCACAGUUGCAACCCAAAUUGCUCUGUGUCGAAAUGGCAAGUAGGCAAGCAUCUCCGCAUGGGUAUCUUUGCCAAACGCAACAUCGUCAAAGGCGAAGAGCUCACUUUCAACUACAACGUCGACCGCUACGGAAACGACGCGCAGGAAUGCUUCUGUGGCGAGCCCAACUGCGUCGGCACCCUCGGUGGCAAGACGCAGACCGACCUCAGCGGCAUGGACGACCUUUUCUUGGACGCUCUCGGCAUCUCGGACGAAGUGGAACAGACAGAAGCCAAGGGCUCGCGGCGGAAACGAGGCAAGCGACUCGACCUCGACUUCAUUCCUCAGAUGCGACCGAUCAAGGAGCACGAGGCGACCCGUGUCAUGACUGCGGCGAGACAAGCAGGGCCCAAGCGGGAGAUCCUGGAAAAGCUACUGCGCAGGAUGGAGAUGACCACCGACGUCAACGUGCAAAAGUCACUCGUCAAGCUGCACGGAUUCAUCCUCAUGCAAUUCUUGCUCGAGCAGUGGUGGAACGACCGUGACAUCGUAUUGCUCAUCAUCAAUGUCCUUGCUCGGUGGCCCCUGAUCGCCCGCAACAAGGUCAUCGAUUGCGGUGUAGAGGAGCAGGUCCGUGUCGUGGCGGAGACAUAUCGGCCGAAGGCAGAACCUAAGGCCGAGGAUGCAAAUGGAGAUCAGCAGGCGAGUCUCAAGACCGAGGACGCGUUGAAGGAAGAAGACGCCAAGGUCGAGCUCGAUCUGUACGGAGAUGGCACUGCAGAAGCAGAGCCGCCACAAACACCCGUGCUGGUGGGCGCAACACCAGCAGAGGACGCCGAGAUAUCGUCCCGCGCCGAGCACCUGCUCGAGGCAUGGAAGAAGCUCGACAUGACCUACCGCAUCGCGCGCAAGGACGCGCUCAAGCAAGAUGGCGACGACGUUAAGGAGGAAGCAGCAGCGGUCGUCACGACCUGGGUCGAUCGUCGAAGGCUGCAGGAUCUGGAAGACCCGCUCGAGAUGGAUCACGCACAGGCACCCAAUGCUGUGUCGUCGGAACUCGGCUCGGCUCUUUCGGGCGAUCAGGACCUGCGCGAAAGCAUCCCCACAUGGCAGCCCCCACCUGCACCGCCUUCGAUGGCGAACAAUGCGUCCACAAAGCGAAUGAACGGAUUCAGCCACCCGCGGGCCUCGCCAGGCAGCUUCACUCCAAGCCGGCUCUCGGGACAGAGCCCGCUCACUCCGGAUCAAGUCACCUCUGCCCUCUCCUCGUCCUUGGCUAAGUCGCUUCCAGGACUCAUGUCGUCCCUGAAGCAACAGCCACUUCAGACGCAGCAGCACCAGCAACCUCAGUUGGUCGCACCGCCAACCAAGUCGAUCGAGGACAUCAUUCGCGAAGCCAACGAGCAAGAGGAGCGUGCGCGCAAGGAAGCCGAAGCAGCUGCAAAGGCGGCGCGCGAGCUCGAACUCAAUGGCGGUCUCUCCAGCGCCUCGUCGCGCAAGCGCCCCUCGUCGUCGUCUCGGCCUUCAGACAAGCGUGUCAAGCAUUCGUCGUCGUCGCGACACACCAACGGUGUGGACGCUGCAGACUCCUCGGCCUCAGCGUCUGCCGAUUUGGCAGCGAGCAACGAGAAGCGCCUUCGCAAGCUGGUGGGCGAAAUCGUGGUGCGUCAGAUGUCCAAGCACAAGGACGAGCUGGAACGCGAGAGCUUCAAGCGUCACGCAAAGGAGCUGACCAACGUGAUCGUGGGCAAGGAGAUGCGCAAUCCCAAGUCGUGGCCCCCUGCAAAGGGCGCGACGCUGACGGAGCUGUCCAGUGACAAAAAGACCAAGAUCAAGGCGUUCGCCAAGGAAUACAUCGACAAGCUGAUGGCCAGAAAGGGAAAGGGCAAAGGGUCGACGACCCCGACGAACGAGCCGAGUGCAAGUCAGUCAGUCAACGGUAGCGUGUAG